AUGCGGUCUCUUGCUGCCGGAGCGGGUGGCAUCACGCGCCUCCUGCGGAGGUCCACGCCGCCUACGGCGUGGCCGCUAGCGCAGCAACAGCGGCCGCAGCGCCGCCGCUGCAGCGUGGCCGCAGCACCCGCUUCCCCUCCGACGCCAGCAUCCCCGCUGGAGGCGCCCUUCCUCCUGACGCUCGAGCGCGCCGUCGGGGAGCGCGCCGGCAACGAUGCCGAGCUGGCAGCCACCGGGCUGUUUGGCGCGGAGGUGUUCCCAGACCUGCCCAUCUCCACCACAUGGGACGGCCUCUACAAGGCCAUGCUUAAGCACGUGACAGAAUUUGGCUCAGGCCGCAGCGGCGCGGCGGCCGCCGCAGCGCCGGCGCCGGCGCCGCGAAGCAGCGGCGGCGCCGCGUGGCGCGUGGAGACCGUGGGGGCGCAGCUGCGGGACAUGGCCGACCUCCACCGGCGCAUCUGCGCCGCCUGUGGCCGCACCCCAGGGGGGGAGCCGCUCACCCGCGCCUCUGCGGCGCGCGCCAACCCCGAAGUCGGCGGCACCUCUGCUGCUGCUGCGGCGGCGGCAGCGGCGGGUGGCGGCGGCGUGGCCGGCGCGGUGCCGCCCGCGGACGCGCUGCUGUUUGUGUCUGGCAGCCACCCGGCGCGGCAGGUGCCGUUUGCAGACAG